AAUAAAUCCUGGUGGUGAUGGUGGUGGUCUGAAGGGAGGCAGGGGCGGGAGAAUGGUGAAGCGUGAUUUUAAAGGUGGUAGCGGUCAUGCUGGAAGCCCAGCCAGCCUAGCAGACAGCCAGUGACAACACAGCCAGUCAGUGUGCCGCCAGAUGCUGUGGGCGGAAGACGUGCAGUGGUAACAAUCAGUGCGCCGAGGGAGACUACAGUGAAUCGAGAAUGCACGUGUCGGCAACAGUGUGCGUGUGGGCGUGCGUGUUGGCGGUGACGGCAGGCGACAUUUGCGACAGGAGGGACAGGAGGACAGAGAGACGGUGGAAGGGAGACAUUGGUAACCUAAACACCUCGCCCGGGGGACCACGAGACCGCCUGCAGCUCCACCACCGCGUGCGUCGCUUCCUCAGCUUCCCCACCGGGUCAGUGCUCACCGUGACGCCCAAGCUGACCAUUCCCUUCGUGGACGAGCUGGAUGGAUACAUCACGGGGGCGCAACUGUACGCCUUUCCCAUCGACCUGCAGCUGCCCAACGGUACGCUGAGGCUGAGGACGAGUUACGAGUACGAGUAUGAGGAGGAGCAGGAGGAGUACUCGUACAUGCCCAUGAGUCAGAGCACCUACAGCAGCUACGCCACCCACAGCCGCUACUCACGCGCCAUCGACCACCAGAGGGCAGCGGGCUUCAACUUCCUGCAGCAGUUGAUGGACGCGGCGGGCGUGGAGGGGCGUGAGUGCGUGCUGCGGGCGGUGUGCGAGGUGGCAGAGCGGCCCGUGGAGCACCUGGGUCUCACCGGGGAGCUCAUCAACCUCUUUUUCAGUGCUGGGCACGGAGCGGGAUCACCGGAAGUGCGGGAGUAUGUGGCGGCAGAGGAGGCGGGGCGAAGGCAGGGGGACUGUGAGAGCCUGUACCCUGCCUGCCCUUACCACCUGGCCAGCAUGGCGCAGUCUGCCCUCGCAUACUUCCACCAAGGCUUGGCCACGGCCGGCGACGCUACCGUCAACCUGUUUGAGUAGACUCGCGACAGACAGACAUCGGUGACAGUGACACCAAGAAAAGGAACCAUGAGACAAUUUCUCACAGAUUUUACGCAGCAGAUAAGGAACAAACUCAAUGUCACUAACUUAUCCAGUCUGAGCGGUGACAAAUGACACAUUUGGCUCCUGCGUUUUGUCUUCACAGGCGGAGGUGGUGACGCCUCCAUGUUGGUGAGGCCCGUGAUCUGAAACGUUUUGCUCUCUUACAACGACUCUUCAAAAGUCACAGAGAUAAUUAGCUGGAUUCUCAUGAAUGUUUCUGCUGUUGAUAAUACUGAAAUCUUGAUAAUAUCUCUAGAGCUUUUAAAACCUGUGUCACUUCAUUUGGGGCCUUCUGAAAAUAGUUGGUGUGCACCAAGAGUCGUUUCAGAAUGUGGUCCUGAGACUGGCUGUGCAGCUCAGCGCCCUUCAACAACACAACCUGAAUACUGCCGAACCAUCACCUUAGUUGCGCUACGUCUCAACAACAGUUAUCCCUUCAAGAUAUAUAAAUAAUAACAUAAUAAAAAACAAUAAAUUAAGAAAAAAAAGAUCGAAGCUGAACCAAAAGAUUCUUACAAAUCUCUAUCUCUCUCUCAUAUUUAUUUCGUUAUGCAUUUGUUCAUUCGCAUACUUAUUUAGGCAUAUGAUUAGUUGGUUAGUUAGUUAUAUAUUUAUUUGUUUUUCUUUAUUUCUUAUUGUGAUUAGCUAAUUAGUUAGUUCGAUUGUUAGGCUCCAUCCAUAUCAUUCCGUAUAGGUAGUAGUAGUGGUAGUAGUAAUAGUAGUAGUGGUAGUAGUAGUAGUAAUAGUAGUAGUAGUAGCAGUAGUAGUAGUAGUAGUAGUAGUAGUAGUAGUAG